UCAGUUGAAGAGAAAGAAUUGACCUAUAUACCCGUCAGUACGUCGAACAGGUCAGUGUCGAACAUUCGUCGAGUUUGGUUUAAUAACAUUUAUUUGACCGCCAACAUGUCGAAGUCAAGGUGUCCGGAUGCGGCGUACUUUGUGGGCGUGGACGUGGGCACGGGCAGUGCGAGGGCAGCUCUAGUUGCCGCCGAUGGACGAGUCGAGGAGCAGGCGGUGGAGGCCAUCAAAACCUGGACACCAGAGCCACAUUAUUACGAGCAAUCCUCUGAAGACAUUUGGAAUGCAAUCUGCAGGGUUGUCAAGCUUGUUAUUGCCGGUGUGAAUAAACAGCAAGUGAAGGGCAUUGGUUUCGAUGCCACCUGUUCACUGGUGAUCCUCGGUGAGAAUGGAACACCAUUGACAGUGAGCAGAAGCGGAUCAAGUGAGCAGAAUAUUAUACUCUGGAUGGAUCAUCGGGCUGAGCAGGAGACGGCUGAGAUAAAUGGCGGCAAGCAUCCGCUGCUGCAGUACGUCGGGGGACAGGUGUCCCUGGAAAUGGAGAUACCCAAAUUGCUCUGGUUGAAACGUCAUCUGCCCACAACUUAUAAGGGCAUUUGGCGAGCAUUUGAUCUGCCAGAUUUCCUCACUUGGCGUGCGACAGAGGUGGAUACUCGUUCCCUCUGUUCCGUGGUCUGCAAGUGGAAUUAUGAUGCAGCGGCUUAUAGUUGGAAUGAAGAGUUUCUACGUGACGCGGAUCUGGAGGAGCUGACGCGGGAAAAGUUCUCAGCACUUGGCAGCGAUGUGCAGCCACCGGGAAAACCUGUGGGAAAAGGCUUAUCCCAGCGAGCUGCCUCCGAACUGGGCCUGGAAAUGGGCACCGUGGUCAGCACAUCUCUCAUUGAUGCACACGCUGGAGCUCUGGGCAUGUUUGGCUGCCAGGCCGACAAAAAUAAUAAGGGAGUUAAAGACAAUGAUGAUGUCCAGGGCAAAAUGGCUUUAAUUGCUGGAACCUCCACCUGCCACAUGAGCAUCACACGGGAUGCUUGCUUCGCCCAAGGUGUUUGGGGUCCUUAUCAGGAUGCCAUUAUACCAGGAUACUUUUUGAAUGAAGGAGGUCAAUCAAUUGCCGGACAUUUGCUCGAUCAUGUGCUCAAAACACAUGAAUGUUACUUGGAGUUAAGCAGUAAACUAGGCGGAGAUAAAUACAUUUAUCAGCAUUUAAACAAGCUACUUCCCAAGCUGGCGGCUCAACGUGGUCUCAGCAAUUUAAACUUCCUGACGCAGGACAUCCAUGUUUGGCCGGAUCUACAUGGCAAUCGUUCUCCUGUCGCGGAUGCCACGCUGAGAGGCAUGUUAAGUGGCUUGGACAUGACGCGUGGCGUGGAAUCUCUGGCUAUUAAGUAUUUGGCUUUUACACAAGCUUUGGCUUACGGCACUCGUCACAUCAUUGAGAAUCUUUACCAGCACAAACGUAGCGCUUUCCAGACGCUUCUCUUUUGCGGUGGCCUGGCCAAGAAUCCGCUCUACGUGCAAUGCCAUGCGGAUAUUUGUAAUCUGCCCGCCUUGAUACCCGACGAGCAGGAAAUGGUGCUCGUGGGUGCCGCCGCCUUGGGAGCAGCUGCCUCCGGCCACUACGACAGCCUGGAGAGCGCCUCGAAAGCCAUGGGUGGCACUGGACAGUUGCUGGAACCAAAUCCCGAGACUAUGGAGCUGCACAAUCGAAAAUACAGGGUGUUCCUGAAGCUAUUGGAGCAUCAACGCCAAUACAGGGACAUUAUGCAGGGGGAGAUUUGACCUGGGAAUCCUUUUUUUAAGUCUGUAUUUUUUUUUUAGAAAUAUUUUUCAGAAGAUAAUAUCAAUAGCUAUGUAUAUAUUUGUGCGAUAUUUGUAACCGCUGUUUUUACUAGAGAUGAGUUAAUUUUUACUGAAUUUAAUUCGAUGUUUUUGUGGAUCGAUUACUGAUCCUAAAUAAAGAAUCUCAUUCUACUUUUCUCAAUA